GUGGAUCACACAUAAUGGCGAACACAGGCAGGGGUGGAGGGUGAUCAGCUGAGGCAGGCAGGACUUUAGACUUUCUGGGUUCAGGCUUGCACAUGGAGGCCUGACUGAUUCAUCUGCCUCAGCCUCCCAAAGUGCUGGGAUUACAGGCAUGAGCCACCACGCCCAGCCUAUUUUCCAUUUCUUGAGUCUCUCCCUGUGACUGAGGAAGAAUCUCUGCCCUCCCAGCAUUCACAGCCAAGUGUGGUGGGGAUGGGGUCUCAGUGGUUGUUAAGAUGGUAUGAUGUACAUCCCAACCGGGGUGGGGGACAAUUAAGGAAGGCCUCCCAAGGAAGGUAAAAUCUAGGUGUACGACCUGGAAGAUAGAUGGGAAGGGGACAGACCACGCGAAGUCCUGGAAGCAAGAAAGUGUGGUCCGCGCUAGAACUGCAAGUUCCAUGUGGCUGGAGGGGGGCAGAGGCAGGAAUGAGGCUGCGGGGGAGAUCAGGGCCCAGAGAAGCCAAGAGAGCUGGGACUUGAUCCCGAAGGCAGUCGUGGGUGUGGGGGCUGCUGCUGCACAGCAGGAAAGGAGUCAGGUUGGCAUUGGAGAAGGAGGACCCUGGCUGCAGAGUGGAGGGAGCGUCAGGGUAGGUCCUGGUGAUGGGGAGGGCACGAUGGAGGGCCAGCUGGGUUCAGGAAGUGAAAUUGAUGGGGUGUGAGGGAGAGGGAGGAGCCAAGGACUGCUUUCUGUUCUUAGCCUGGGCAGCCAGGUGGAUGUGACAGCAUGCCCUAGGGGAUGUGGAAGGAGGAGUGGAUUUGGGGAAAAAGGCAGUCACCCGCAGGGCCAAGGUGGCUCCCGCCGAGAGGAUGAGCAAGCUCUUAAGGCACUUCACGGUCGUGGGGGACGACUACCAGGCCUGGAACAUCAACUACAAGAAAUGGGAGAAUGAAGAGGACGAGGAGGAGGAAGAGCAGCCGCCACCCACACCAGCCUCAGGCGAGGAAGGCAGAGCUGCAGCCCCUGACACUGCCCCCGGCCCCGCGCCCAGGACCCCCCUUGACUUCAGGGGCACGUUGAGGAAACUGUUCAGCUCCCACAGGUUUCAGGUCAUCAUCAUCUGCUUAGUGGUUCUGGACGCCCUCCUGGUGCUUGCUGAGCUCAUCCUGGACCUGACGAUCACCCAGCCUCACAAGAAUAACAAUGCCACCAGGGUGGGGGUUGGCCAUUCUUCUGUGGUCUUUCAGGUGUUCCACUACAUGAGCAUCGCCAUCUUGGGCUUUUUUAUGAUGGAGAUUAUCUUUAAAUUAUAUGUCUUCCGCCUGGAGUUCUUUCACCAUAAGUUUGAGAUCCUGGAUGCUGUCGUGGUGGUGGUCUCAUUCGUCCUCGACAUUGUCCUCCUGUUCCGGAAGCAUGAGUUUGAGGCUCUUGGCCUGCUGAUUCUGCUCCGGCUGUGGCGGGUGGCCCGGAUCAUCAACGGUACGUCUCCUGCACUCCCAGGCUGUGGAUGGAGAGCGAGGCUCAGGCAUGCACCCAGGGCCUGGAUGCACAGUCACUCUGGGCGCCUGAGUUCACAGUGGCUCCCGUUACAGAGGCCUCCUCUCUGCCCCUCCUCUCCUCCCUCUCCUACUUUCUUCCUCUUCAGUCCUUUAGGAGCUGGUAUGAGCAGGUUUACAUCAAGCAAUUAAAGCAAAUAAAACGAAACAGGUUGGGCGCAGUGGUUCAUGCCUAUAAUCCCAGCACUUUGGGAGGCAGAGGCAGGAGGAUCGCUUGAACCCAGGAAUUCG